UUUUGUGAAGAUCGUGGGGAUUGGUUUGGUAAUGUGUUUUUGUAAAUAUUUUUAAAAGUUCACACCAAACCGGUUUGAUCAAAGUACGCUUUUGGAAACUCCUUGAAACCUUGACGACAUAGUGGUUGAAUGACUGUAUUUUAAAUACCGUUUAAAUAUGUGGGAGGGGCUAAAUGGUUGGACCCCGCUGCCCCCGCGACUUAUACGCCGGGUUAACUACUUCGUUUCUUGGUAGAAAAAGCUCAAAUCUUUUUUUUCAUAUAUUUUUCCUAAAAAUUUAUUAAAAUAAUUUCAUUUUAGAUGGAUAUUAAAUUUACCGGUUCAAUAGACGAUCAAGAACAUACACAAAACUUUUCUGUAAAAAUUGACCAAGUCACUUUGCGUGUUAGUCCUUCAAUUAUUCGUUUAUUAAGUGCUGUGAGUGCUCAAUUUUCAGAGCAUCAACGAAAGGAUCAAGAAGCAAAAUCAGCCCGAGCAAUUUUAAGAGAAUAUCAAGACUAUUGGAAACCUCGAGUAAUUGAGAACGAUAAAUAUUGGUGGUUCCAAUUGGGAAAUGAUUCUGUUGUUGAAGAAACGGCUGAAGAAGUUGCGGAAACUACGCAAAUUGUUAUUAAUCAAAAGGCUGAUUUCACUAUUAAACAAUUUAUUGUGACUGUUGAAGCUGGAAUGAAAGAUUUUACUCGUCCAAUGAUUUUAUUGGAGAGUGCAAUGCUUGGAUCAGCUAAAAAUUGGUCGACUCAAUUAAUUGCGGAGGCAGAAGCUAGACUUCAAAUUUCAUAUUAUAAUGAGGCUUUUAACGUUUGGGAGCCGUUAAUUGAACCGGUAUUACAUCAAUAUGAAGGAUGGCAGAGUUGGAGACUUACAUUAAAGAUAAGUUCACAAUUAGAAGAAGACACAAAUUCACAACAACAACGUCAAGGAACGUCAAAAUCUAUCAAAGACAAAAUUAACCAGAAAAAAGCUGUUCUUCCUCCUAAAAUGGCUUUAAUUUUUGAAGCUAGAGAAAUGAUGAAUAUUACUUCUUUCGAAAAAGCAGCAAAACAAAUUAGUCCACCAAAAAGUCGUCAUUUACCUGGUUCUUCAAGUUAUAUGUUACUUAAUGAAACUGGACUUGAAAUAAAAAUAUGUAAUACGUCUACUUUGAAGGCUAGUCAAAAACAAACAGAUUUGGAAUGCAAUAGAGGCGAAUAUAUCCCAUUAGAAUUAAUUGAAAAUGAUAAUAAUAAUGGAAGUGAAAAACAAUUAAGUGCUGGUAAUUGGCAAAUGAAAGAAGAUCAAAGACACGUAGAAUUACAAUUAAAAAUAGAGGAACCAAAAACUGAAAGAAUUGUGAAUAUUUUGAGAGCUGAAAUGCAAUGUAUUGAUUUACCUAAAGAAGCUGAUUCAGGUAGAAAAUGGGCUUUGGUUGUUGAUACACAACUUGAAGAUUCUCGACAUUUAGUUGUUUUGCGUUCUCCAGUCAAUGUUAUUAAUCGAAUGGAUAUGUCUGUUGAAUUUCAAUCACACAAAGAUUUGGAAACUACUUUUUGUGGUGUUUCUGCUAUUGAUAGUCGUCCUUUAAAUAUUCCAUUGCCUCAACUUUAUACUCCGGACGGGGAAUUUUCUAUUCGUCCGGAGGGAGGAAUUUAUGACUGGAGUGACCUAUUUUCUUGGCAUGAUUUUGACAAUGUAAAACGCAAAACUGUUCGUUGUGGUAAAAAGGGUGUUGAACAUGAAGCUAUUUUUAUUGAAAUGGUUGUUACCGAAGAAAAAAUUCGACGUGGGGCAAAAUCUUUAGAAUAUUCAAUUUAUACAAUUAAUUUAUUUCCACCUAUACAUUUUGUUAAUUUGUUGCCUUUGUGCUUGGAAAUUGUUGAACCUAUUCGACGUGAAGUAACUAGUGGAGAAGGAGUUGAUUUGUACAAUUUAAUUGCUGGGAUGCCUUUUGUUUUGAAGCUUGAAAAUGGAGGUGAAAUUUAUAAAAUGAAAAUGACUAUUCCAGAAGUUGGACAAAGAAAUGAUUUGACCGUUAUUAAACUUUUAAGUGAAACAUCAAAUAAAGAAUUGUGUCUUGGAUUAAAUUGGAGUAUUGAAUUUCUUCGAACAACACUUUCUCUUUUUACUCCUUACUGGAUGGUUAAUGAUACUGGAAAGGAGUUAAUUUAUCAGGGACCUAUCGAAAAGUCAAUUCAAACAACUCCACAAGCACAUCAUCUACGUGCAAGUAUAUUUGGGCAGUGUUGUACUUCUAUACUUCCAAAAUCAUUUACAGAGGGAGAAAAGCAAGCAAAACAUUCAGAAAUUAAACAUUUACCAAAUCAAAACCCAAUAAUUUUGCCACUAAAUGAAGAAGAUUUUUAUGAAAAAAAGAAGGCAAAAUUGAGAAUUUCUGAUUCUGAAUGGUCUGCAGAAUUUCCUUUAGAUUCUGCUGGAAGUAGUGGAAGAAUAACUUGUCAUUCUGAAAAGAAAGAUUUUGAGUUAACUGUUGAUGUCAAAUUAUGCCAAUCUGGAUUAACUAAAGUAGUUACAAUAUCCCCAUUUUAUCUACUUCAAAAUGACAGUAAAUAUUGUAUUGAAGUUAGAGAACCUAAUAGAAAUGAAUGGAUUGUUAUGCCACAAACUUCUGUUAUUGGUUUUUGGCCUGAACAAAAAGAAAAGCGAAAAACAUUAAUUGCACGUUUUCCAAAAACUAAAGAAGAAUCUAUUCAAUUUCCGUUUACAGAAAAUUUUGAAGGUUUUGCGAGAGUUAAAAAUUCUUUUAUUGGUUUUUACAUAAUUGUUUCGCUUUCUGAUGAUUCUUCAGUUAUUAAUAUUGAGCAAUUUAUGCCUGGAAUGGUACCUGCUAUUUUAAUGAAUGCAACAAAAUUUUCAAUAAAAUAUUGGCAAGCAGAGGUUGAAGAGGAAAAAACUUUGGAACCUGGACAAGUUAUCCCAUUUUCUUGGGAUUGUUUAAUUACUAAAGAAGCUCGUCUUUUUGAAUGGAAAUCUGGAGAUCAUUCUGGUUCUGAUGAAUUGCUUCAUAAUCGAGAUUCUUCCUAUCUUCCUUCAAGAAAUGCUGGUUAUCAUUUUUGUGUUUCUUUUCUUAAUGGAAGACAACGUGUUGUUUUGUUUACAAGUGAUGCAAGUAUUUCAAUGUUAGCACAUGAACCUUUUGAAUUUGAACAACCAAAUAUGCACGUUGAAUUUCGUUUACAUGGAGUUGGGAUUUCUUUAGUAAAUAAUCAUAAAUGUAUUGAAGUACUUUAUAUGGCUAUAUUACCAGGUCAAGGUCAGAGGGACGGUUUUUGGAUGCAAUAUCGUCAAACAGACCAUCAAACAACUCUUUGGGUUAAAUUACACAAUUUUCAAAUUGAUAAUCAACUUCCAUCUUCUAUUUUUCCUUGUAUGUUAGCUAUGGUUCCGCAGCCUAAAAGUGUUGUUAAAGAUGCCCCAAAACCCUUUUUGGAAUGUUCUUUUGUCAUGAACCAAUCAGAACAUUCAAAUAUCGUCCAAAUCAAAUUACUCGAAGCUUUAGUACAAGAAUUUUCUGUUCGAAUGGAUCAAUCACUUAUUAAUGAAAUCCUUGAUAUGUUCCCUAAAGAAAGUAUUGAGACUGAUUAUAAUAAGGAAGCAUUUUCUAAAGAUUUGGAAUUAACUAAAGGAAAUUUAAAUAAAAGAGCUUUACAAACAAGAAUAUCGCAAGCAAAAGCUUAUUAUGAACGUUUACAUAUUUCUCCAUUAAUGAUUCAUCUAAGUUUUUCACAAGGACAUGUUAAAGAAGGUGAUAAGGAUGCUGCUGGUAUUCAAUGGGAAUUUUUAAAUUUAAUGUUAAAAAGUGUUGGUGUAACAUUAACAGAAAUUCAAGAUGUUACUUUUAAAUUAGCAUUUUUCCACCGUGAAGCAGCUUUUUAUAGCCGUACACAAUUACAAGCAGAAAUUCAAUCUCAUUAUAUUAAACAAUUUAUUAAACAAGCUUAUGUUUUGAUUUUGGGAUUGGAUAUAAUUGGAAAUCCUUUUGGAUUAAUUCGUGAUUUAACUGCUGGUGUUCAAGACUUUUUCUAUCAACCUAUACAAGGGGCCGUUACCGGGCCUUUAGAAUUUGUUGAGGGAAUGACUUUGGGUGUUAAUAGUCUUUUUAGUCACUCUGUUGGAGGCGUUUUAGGGGCAGCUUCACGAAUUACUGGAACUUUAGGAAAAGGAGUCGCUGCCUUAACUAUGGAUGAAGAAUAUCAACGUAAACGUUUACAAGCUAGACAACAACCUACAAAUUUCGGUGAAGGAAUGUUUAGAGGUGUUAGGGGUGUUGGACAGGGAGUAAUUGAUGGUGUUACUGGAGUAAUUUCUAAACCUGUUGAAGGGGCAAAGAAAGGAGGCGUUUCUGGUUUUUUAAAAGGAACGGGCAAAGGAUUAAUUGGUGUUGUUACAAGACCUGUUUCUGGAGUUGUAGAUUUGGCUACAUCAAUGGCUGAUUCUGUUAAGACAGUUGUUACAAAUGCAGAAGAAAUUAGACCAAUACGGCCCCCUCGAGUUAUUACAAAUGAUAAAAUUGUCCGUCCAUUUGUUUAUGCAGAAGCUAUUGGAUAUAAAAUAUUUAAAGAAAUUAACAAAGGUGAUUUUGCCGAAACAGAUUGUUAUUUAGCUGAUGGGUCAAUUUCUAAACAUUUGGUUAUUGUUGUUACUGACAAACGCGUAAUUGAAGCAAGACAACACGAAUUAACUGGGAAUUGGAAUGCUGAUUGGAGCCCAACUUAUUCUGAGAUGAAUAAACCUGAAUGGUUUAUUGAUGAAACUAAUGGUCUUAAAUAUGGUGUCAAAAUUUCAUUAAAAGAAGCUAAACGUGGAACUUUCUCUUUAUUGGGACGUCCAAAAACAAAGGGAAAAUUAAUUCUUUUCCAAACGGAAGAAAUUGCAAAACGUGUAUUUGAUAGAAUGUUGAGUGCUUGGGAAAAUUCAGCAUAA